AUGGCCGCCGCCGCCUCCCAGCCCGUGGCUCAAGAAAAAUAUUUCCAUCAGCUGAGACAAUUUGCAGAUGCAGAGCUCAAGAAGCAAAUCAAUGAUCCAGUAUUGCUGUUUUUCAAGGCAUAUGGAACCUUGUGUUUAGGUCAAAUACAAGAUGCUAUCCUGCAGUUAGAAAAUGUUAGAAAGAACCAUUCUGAUGUGUCAUUGUGCUGUCUUUUGGCACUCAUUUAUGCACACAAGAGGUGUAAAAAUAUAGAUCUUGAAGCUGUUUUAGAGUUGAAAAACAAAUUAAAGGAAAUGAGGAAGAAUGGAAGAACUAAUGAGUUAUAUUAUGCAGGAAUGUUUUUGUGGUUAAUAGGUAAAAAUGAUAAAGCACUUGAAUACAUUGACAGAAUGCUGAAAAUGUCUUCUGGAUCUAGAGAGGGUCUUGUGCUUAAAGGUUGGAUAUAUUUUACAUCCAGUAAACAGAAUGCUGUUAAGAAAUCUAUUAAAUACUUUGAUGAAGGGAUUCAAGACACUGGUGACAUAUUUGGGAUUAUGGGAAAGGCAAGAUAUUUUAUGAUGCAGCAAAAUUAUUCAGCUGCUCUGGAAGCUGUUAAUCAAAUAAUAGUCACCUUCACUGAUUUCAUACCAGCACUCAUUCUCAAAAUGAGGCUGGUUUUGGCUCAGCAAGACUGGGAACAAACUUUAGAAAUUGCUGAAAGAAUCCUAUGCAAAGAUGGGGCCGAUAUAGACGGACAUCAGAUCCUUACUGUAAAUUAUCUUUCAAGGCUUGGCAAGUGGAAUUCUGCUUCACUUCAAAUUCGAGAUUUUAUUCAUUCUCUGAAUACUAAGGAACCUCAAAAUGCAGAAAUACAUCUUCAGAAAGCACGGGUAGUUAGUAGAUUGUGUGGAAAAAAUCAGCAAAUCUUGCAGCAAAUAUAUGGAUUUAUUGAGUAUUCAUAUGCUGAGUUGGCUUCACCAGAUGCAUGUUUUGCUAAUGAGCUGGGAUAUCAACUAAUUCUUCAGGAGAAGUGGAAAGAUGCUUCUGUAUGGUACAGAAGAGCCAUGGAGAUAGAUGAAACUAGUAUUGAUGCAAUGACAGGCAUUAUUUGGUGCCAGGUGCUGGAAGGGAAGCUAGAAGAAGCAGAGCACCAACUGGAAUUCCUCAAAGAAGUUCAUCAGUCUGGUGGAAAAUCUCCAAUUCUAAUCUAUCUUCAGGCAGUUAUUGCUUCAAGAAAAAGAAAAAGUGAAAAGAUUGUCACCGCUCUAUUGAAUGAAGCGGCAGAACUUCAUUCUUCUGCUUUGAAGGGCCUUCCUCUGAGCAUGGAAUACUAUGAAAAACUAAAUCCCGUGUUCCUGAUCAACAUUGUGAAAGAAUAUUUAGUCUUCUGUCCCAGACUACCAAUGUCACCUUACCAGAUCAUUUCCCCUCUUUUUAAACAAGUAGCCCUAGUUUUGUAUCCAGUGGUUAAAGCUGCUCCUGGGAUGUUGGAACCACUUUAUUUAGUGGCACAAUUGAAAUAUUUAUCAGGAGAAUUAGAAAAUGCGCAAGGUAUAUUGCAGCACUGCAUCAAGUUGGACCCUACAUCAGCAGAUGUUCACCUUUUAAUGGCCCAGAUCUAUCUAUCUCAAGGAAACUUAAAAGAAUGUUCCCAUUCACUGGAGCUGGGGGUUAGUCAUCAUUUUCAGAUUCGUGAUUAUCCACUGUAUCACUACAUCAAGGCUAGAGCACUGAAUAAAGCAGGAGACUAUCCAGAAGCUAUAAAAAUUUUGAAAGAGAUUGUCGGUUCACAUGUGAAGAAAUACAGUAAAAGAGUCUGUGGCACUAGGUCAACAACCAGUGAAUGGGCAUCCAUUUACUUAGAACUUGCAGAAGCUCUUCAACUAAACGGAGAACUACAUGAAGCCACUAAGAUCCUGCAGGAUGCUACUAAUGAAUUUAGCGGAACUUCAGAGGAAAUUCGUGUCACUAUUGCUAAUGCAGAUUUGGCGGUCCAUAAAGGAGAAGUGGAAACAGCGCUCAGCAUGCUAAGACAUGUCACACCAACCCAACCAUAUUACAUUGAAGCUAAAGAAAAGAUGGCUCAGAUAUACCUUCAUAUGCGAAAGGAUAAGAAGCUAUACAUUGCAUGUUAUUGUGAAAUGUGCGAAAAAUUUCCGGGUCCUCAUACUAGCCUCCUCUUGGGAGAUGCAUUCAUGAAUAUUCAACAGCCAGAGGAAGCUGUGAAAAUAUAUGAAGAAGCCCAGAGGAGGAAUUCUUUAGACUCAGUACUGGUCAGAAAAAUUGGACAUGCAUAUGUGAAAACUCAUCAGUACAGCAAGGCUGUUAAUUAUUACGAAGUAGCUGUAAAGAUGAGUGAACAAGAUUUCUUGUGCCAUGACCUUGCUGAACUCCUCCUCAAACUUAAGAAGUUUAAAAAGGCAGAAAGAGUUCUGAAUCAAGCUCUCGACCAUGACUUUGGUAUUAAUGACUUGACUUCUAUGAUAAAGGAUGUCAGGAGCCUGAUUUUGCUUGCAAAGGUUUAUGAAAACAUUGAAAAAGAAGAAGUUAUUACAACUUUGAACAAGGCGUUCGAAUUGCAACAGAGAAUACUGAAACGUAUCCCUCUGGAACAGCCUGAAUCAGUCCCUUCUCAGAAGCAGCUGGCAGCACUGAUUAAUGUCCAGUUUGCUGAGCACUACCUGAGUCAGAAGGACUACGUACAAGCUGCUAAAAGCUAUAAAAAUGCAUUAACUUAUACUCCAGCAGAUAGUAAAAUAAUACUGAAAUUGGCUCAUCUUUAUUUGGAAGAAGAAGAUCUUGAUUCAUGUGAGUAUCAGUGUGCCCUACUUCUUCAAGAAGACAAGUGCAAUGAACUUACAACAAUGAUGAUGGCAGAUAUCUGGUUCAGAAAACAGAAGUAUGAACAAGCCAUAAGUCUUUACCAGAAUGUUUUGGAAAAAUCACCAGAUAACUUUUCAGUCCUGGAAAGAUUAGUUGAUUUACUAAGAAGAACUGGUAACCUUGAUAAAACUACACUUUUCUUUAAAAUGGUGAAGAAGCAAUCCACUCGAUUAUUUUUGGAACCUGGGUAUAACUACUGCAAAGGACUCUACUGCUGGCACAUGGGACAAUCCAAUCAAGCCCUGAAAUAUUUUAACAAAGCUAGAAAAGACAGUGACUGGGGCCAGAAGGCUGUCACCAAUAUGAUUCAGAUUUGCCUAAAUCCUGAUAGUGAGGUAAUAGGAGGAGAAGUGUUUGAAAAUCUUGAUGAAGAAGAAAGUAAUUUAGAUGACAAGCAGGAAGCUGCGCAACGUGGCAUAAGAACAGCAGAAAAAUUGUUAAUGGAGUUUUGUCCUUGUUCACAAGAGGGCCAAAAUCAGCUAAAGAUGUUACGAAACUACUGUUUAAUGGCUACUAAAGACAAAAAUAAUGUAGAAAAAGCUCUCAGUGUAUUUGUAGAAAUGGCCCAAAAUGAGGAAAGUGUUCAAAUUAUUUUGGCAGUGGCCCAAGCCCAUAUGAUACUUAAGCAGACUCCCAAGGCCAGAAUUCAACUAAAACGAUUAGCAAAAGUAAACUGGACUUUGUCAGAUGCUGAAGAGUUAGAAAAAAGUUGGAUAUUAUUGUCUGAUAUAUACUGUAAAAAUGGAAAAUAUGACCAUGCAACUGAGCAACUGAAACGUUGCCUACAAUACAAUAAGUCCUGUUCAAAAGCUUAUGAAUAUUUGGGCUUUAUCAUGGAGAAAGGACAAGCAUCUGUAGAUGCUGCAAAAAAUUAUGAAUUUGCUUGGAAAUACAGUAACAAAGCAAAUCCUGCUGUUGGUUUCAAACUUGCUUUCAAUUACCUAAAAAAUAAGAGUUAUGUGGAGGCAAUAGAAGUAUGUCAUGAUGUUUUGAAGCUCUGUCCAAGUUAUCCAAAAAUUAAAGAAGAGAUUUUGAAAAAGGCACAAGCAGCAAUCAGACCCUAA